AUGCGCAGUCAGUCAGGAGGUCAGGAAGGAGGUGUUGCGGAUGGCGUCGGGGGCUGGAGGGAUUACGGCGUGGACCCGUCGCAGUUCUCUGCCACCUUGAUGAAGACGUGUGAACGACUCGUGAAGGAGGGCCGUUUCACUCCCAGCAGCCCCGUGGGCAUCCUGACCUCCGGCUACUAUGAACUCCUGCAGAACAAAGUACCGCUGCUGGGUAAGAUCUUAUCCACACACACACCAAACCAUACGUUCAGUCCUGAGGCGGCAGAUAGCUCUUCCUUUGAUGUCCAAUUAGGGGACAUAAUUUUGACCGCUACUGACGGCCUCUUUGACAACAUGCCUGACUACAUGAUCCUGCAAGAACUCAAGAAACUCAAGAACACCAACUAUGAUAGUAUCCAGCAGACUGCCCGCAGCAUUGCUGAACAGGCCCACGAGUUGGCCUACGACCCCAACUACAUGUCCCCUUUCGCCCAGUUUGCCUGUGACAACGGGUUGAAUGUAAGAGGGGGGAAGCCUGACGACAUCACAGUGCUUCUGUCCAUUGUGGCAGAAUACACAGACUGAGCGCGCUCAGUGGAGCUCACUCUUCUCUUACACCGGUGUCUUCCACCCCUCUCCUAUUGCACUGCUCCCCAUCUCACUUCUCCCAGCACCACUUUCCAUUCUUCCAUUUCUCGAGUAGAUCUCCAGUCAACGCAGGAAGGAGGAUAACAUGAACUCGCUGGUGUGGGCGGUAAUUCAAUCGGUACAAACAGUCCACAAUUGAUGACCUCAUUUGUGUUUAAAAGGAUCUUGGGACUCUUCAACCCGUGUUGUGAAUUUGAGUCAUUUCUAUUUUUCCAAGGGACAAGGAGAGCCAUGCAUUACCCACAAAAAGUGGUUUCUAAUGGGAGAAGCUGUCAUAUUCACUCGUGUGGUUUGUGCAAAUGAAAAGCUGUUGUUAAGUGGUUGGUUGUCUAUGUCUUGAGAGAGAAGUUAAGCAUCUCUGAAGCCUCUAUGUGCUGGAGUGCCUCUGUGUUUUUGUGUGUACGUGUAUAACGUGUCCCGUUUGGUUAAGCUGUAAUGGAAAGGUAGGUAAAAGUUCGGAAAGGGGCUUAGCUAGAUUUAAACCUGUUGCGAAAUGCAAGUGCUUUAGGAUGUGCUGGCUAGUUCUGUUCAGCCAGAAUAUCUACCUCUAGUUAGACAACCUUCAUCUACACCAUCACAUUGUGAGGUCUUGGAUGAUGGAUUGCAAGUUGAAAGGCAGGAAGGAGAUGGGUUAAAUGUACAGCUUGUAUUUGGUUAUAAAAGAUAGAAACUGAACUGCACAGACAUCGUAGACCUUAGUCAGUGUAGUGCCAUAUUUAAGUUUUGACAGGAAUGAAACUGAGGCUGUGAGGGUUAGAAGUACAGUGCGUUCAGUGGAUUGUACUGUUUAACAUUAAACCGAUUGUUCAGCUGACAAAACGUCUUUCUGAAAAAUGUUACGUAGACAAUAACUUUUGAAAGUUGUGAUUUGGUGAAAAUUACAUGAUCUAGGACCUUUAUACAGUUUGUAAAGACUGUAUAUCCAAGACAAGUAUAUCCCUGGCAUCCUUAUUUUCAAUAUGGCGUCAAACCUGACUAAGGUCUGUACCAGAGAAUGUCACAAUCCACUGAUAGACCGCUACACUCGCUCACGGGGAUGGUGGAUGUUGACUGUGAAUGCGUGUUGGAUGUAUAUUUACAUGACUUCACCUCUCGACCCUUGAGUUUGAAAGUCUACACGCACAAAUGGCUAGCAUCUGGCAAUGCUUUUUAUGAGUUGAAAGGUCAGGUAUAUAAAUAAAUGUUUUAUUUUUAUAAAUAUUUAGCUUUUAGUGGACAAGAUUCAACAGAAUGCAGAAGUCAGGGAACGCUGGUCUUUACGGAUCGACUGUAAGGCCUUUCGGCGUUUUCGGUGCUCCCUAGCGAGGCUUGGGUUAUUUUUUGUAAUUGAUUGAAGGGUAUCUAACGCUUUUUUGGUUUGUUUUUCCUGUGUCGCUCUAUAUUGGUUCUAGAGAAAUUUUUCACACUCAUGUGCUGCUUUAAUUUAGUAAAUUAUAAAUGUGUGCGUGACUACAUAAUUUAUAGGAAUGUUUUUACCUGUACAGUAAAAAAUGGGUG